CGUGCAGCCCCGGGCUCUAUAAAUAUGAGCCGCGGCGGUGGAAACAGCAGCGCAGUGGUCGUCGAUCACAACAUUUGUCAACUGAAAACUCUGAGCGCAGCCAGGACCCGGCGGGACUGACUUCACUGGACUCACUGGAGUUGUCGUGCAGCACUUCUGCUACCGACAAAGUAUUUGUUUCAGCCGUGCCACUCUUCUUUUUUGACUGCAAACCUGAAGAUGCCAACCAGCACAGCGGACAGAACAUCUCCAUCUGCCGGGGUUGCUACACCGGCAAGUGGCUACUGCACACCCGACAAACUCCGGUCUGGGGCAGAGAACAGAAAGUCCUCCAAACCAAUCAUGGAAAAGCGGAGACGUGCGCGCAUCAACGAGAGCCUGGGCCAGCUGAAGACCCUUAUCCUGGAUGCACUCAAGAAAGACAGCUCCAGACACUCCAAAUUGGAAAAGGCAGACAUAUUAGAGAUGACUGUGAAGCACCUCAGGAACCUGCAGAGACUUCAGAUCACUGCUGCUGUGAACAUAGACCCUUCUGUCCUGGGUAAAUACAGAGCUGGGUUCAGUGAGUGUGUUGGAGAGGUCACCCGUUUCCUGUCCACCUGCGAAGGGGUGAACACAGAGGUGAGGACUCGCCUCCUCAGCCACCUGGCGGUCUGCGUGACCCAAAUCAGUGCUGUGAAUGUUUAUGGACCUCCUCCAGGAACACUUGGAUUCGGACAGACCGUCACACAGAUUCCAGCGGCUUCUGCCCCUCAGAUGCCUUGCAGAGCUGCCUCAGCAAUGCAGGUUUCCCCAGAAGUGAUGAAGCUCUACAGUGGCUGCCAGGUUGUGCCAACGCCGGAUGGACAGUUUGCGUUUCUUGUUCCCAGCGCGACUCUCGUGCCUCUGAGUGCACAAAACAGCCAUCACAUGUCACCUGUUGCAUCACAGGCCACCUCAGACUCUGUGUGGAGACCAUGGUAGGAAACCAGCUCAACAGAUUGUGGGAGAAAAGGACUAUCACAUAAUAAAACACAUUUUGUACAUAUUGUAAAUGUUUGACAGGGAUGUUUACACACAUUUGUUUUUUUAUAUGGACAGUAUGAGAUACUCUCGGCCUCUUUGCUUGCUGUGAUUUUCUGUUUUUGAUAUGCCACAAUUUGUUUACUGCAGGAAGUCAAGAAAAUAAA